AUGCUGCAUGAUUCCACAGAUGAUGAGGAAGAGGUCGGUCAAAAUGAAGGCGGAGCUAUUGGUCAACAACCGGUGUCUAUAAAUCGCCCAGGACCUCUAUCAACUCGGACAUCAGUAUUAAAUCCAAAUUCUCCUUAUUCUAAUGUUAAUUCACCAUUAUUAACACCAAAAUUAAGUCAUGUCGAUCUGUUAUCAUCACCAUCUAGAGCUUCACCAAUUCAUCGUCCAUCUACAUCGGGUAAUCUAUAUUCAUCACCGGCAACACCACAUCGUACAUUAACAAGUAUGCCAAUAAGUUCAACCAAUGAUUCACCAUCAUUAUCAAUACGCUCAUCAACAAAUACAAAUUUCUAUCAUGAAACAAAUCAACCAUCAACAACUAUUAAAACUGAUUCAAAUAGUUUAAGAAGUGCAGAAUCAUCAACAUCGUCCGAAGAACAAGUACAUCCAUUAUCAUUACAAGCACAAUCAAGUUCAAUAUCAAUAAAAUAUCGUCCACAACUAGGACAUACACCAAUAUCAAAUGCUGGUAAUUUAGUAACACCUUUUACAAAUACAACUAGUUCAUCAACAGGUACAAUAUCGAGUACAGCUGGUUUACCAAUUGAUCGUGUACCAUCACCAUCCCCAUCAUUAUUAAGUGAACGUGAACGUGAAGAAAAUGAACGUGUAGAACGUGAAUUAGAAAUAAAACGUAAACGUCUUCAAAUAUAUGUAUUCGUUUGUCGUUGUGUUGCAUGUCCAUUUAAUUCAAAGCAAUCGUCAGAUAUGGCAAGAAAACAUUUAAAAAUAAAUCUUGUUCAAUAUGGUGUUAUUAAAGAAAGAUUUUUAGCAUUUCUUAGUGGUAAAACUCAUAUUGAAGCAGAUGAAGCUUUUAUAAAUGCUGUUCGAUCGUAUUAUGAAGUAUUUCUUAAAAGUGAACGUAUUGGUAAAAUGGUUCAAUCCGGUGGUUGUUGUUCGGAUGAUUUUCGUGAUGUAUUUCGAAUAAAUAUUGAAAAACGUGUACGAAGUUUACCUGAUAUUGAUUCACUUAAAAUAAGCAAAGAUACGGUGCUUAGUUUAUGGAUGUCAAAAUUUGAUGCUAUUUAUCGUGGUCAAGAUCAAGAUCAAGAUAAUGCUGGUCGACGUUUAUCAAAAUCAAAUUAUUUAUCAACAUCAGCUGAAUUAAUUAUGAGUAAAGAACAAUUAUAUGAUAUGUUUCAAAAUAUUUUAACAAUUAAAAAAUUUGAACAUCAGAUGAUUUUCAAUAGUGCUCAACUUGAUAAUAAUGAUGAACAAGCUGCAACAAUUCGUCGUGAACUUGAUGGCCGAAUGAAACAAGCUGAAUCAUUACAAAGACAACGUGGUUUAAUGCCGAAAUUUGUACAUAAAGAAAUGGAUACAUUAUAUGUUGAUGAAUUAAAAAAGACUAUAAAUGAUCUUAUGAGUAAUCUUGAAAGUUUACCAGUACGUGGUGGUUCAGAACAAAAACCAUUAAGAUCAAAACGUACUAUUGGUCAUAGUCGGCAUACAAAUACUGGUAGUGGUUCAUCAUCUGGUGCUAAUUCAUCAAAUAGAUCAACACAUAAUGAUGGAAGUACUCAUUUAGAAGAUAGUGAACCAGGUUUAUCAAAAUUAGCCUUUGUAUUAAAUUUUAAUGUGAAUAUAACUGUAAAAGAAGUUCGUGGAUUAAAAUCAAUUCCAACAAAUCGUAUUGUUUAUUGUACGAUGGAAGUUGAAGGUGGAGAAAAAUAUCGUACUGAACAUGCUGAAGCUGGAAAACCUGUUUGGGAAUCUUUAGCAGAAUUUCCAACGAAUCAAAUUUUACCAAUAAUUAAAGUUAAACUUUAUAUGGAAAAUCCAGGGAUACUUAGUUUAGAUGAUAAUAAACUUGGUAAAGUAACAUUACAAAUUGAUCCAACAUUUAAUAAAACAAAUUGGUGGACAGAUAUGAUUAAAAAUAAAAGUACAUCAACUGAUGAAUUAAAAGUUAAAUUAGAUGUACGAAUGGAAAAACCACAAAAUCUUAAAAUGUGUGGUUGGUGCUAUGCUCGAGGUAAAAAUGUCUGGAAAACAUGGAAACGACGAUACUAUGCAUUAGUUCAGGUUUCUCAAUAUUGUUUUGCUAUAUGUAGUUAUCGUGAAAAGAAAUCCGAACCUACUGAAAUGAUGCCACUUGAAGGUUACACUGUUGAUUAUGCUGAACCAGAUAAUGGCUUAGUUAUGAAUGAUGCAAAAUAUUUUUUUAAAGCUGUACGUGAAGGUGAUGUUGUUACAUUUGCAACAAAUGAAGAAAAUGAACGACAUAGUUGGGUACAAGCUUUAUAUCGUGCUACAGGUCAAUCACAUAAACCAACACCACCAACAACUGCAACAAAUAAACCAUCACAAGGUCCUCCUGGAUCAGGACAAAAAGAUCAAAUUGAUUCAGAUCGAUCGAAAAAACUUGGUUUUGAUGAACAUAUUCAAAGUGAUCCGUGUAAAUUUGAUCAUCAUGAUCUUUUUAGAGCAUUACAAACAGCAACACUUGAUUAUCGUUUAAAUGAUCCAUAUUGUUCUUUGGCUAUUAAAAAGUAA